AUGUCGGCUCCCGCUUCGAAAUUCAAGGUCGCUGACCUCAGUCUUGCCGCCUUCGGCCGCAAGGAAAUCGAGCUCGCAGAGAAUGAAAUGCCCGGUUUGAUGGCUACCCGUGAGAAAUAUAAGAAUGAUCAACCUCUUAAAGGCGCAAAAAUUGCGGGAUGUCUCCACGCGACAAUUCAAACGGCUGUUCUGAUCGAAACUCUUACAUUCCUUGGAGCAGAAGUUACGUGGUCUUCCUGUAAUAUCUUCAGUACGCAAGAUCACGCAGCGGCAGCGGUUGCAGCAGCUGGUGUCCCAAUAUUCGCGUGGAAGGGCGAGACCGAGGAGGAAUACCAAUGGUGUUUAGAGCAGCAACUUACCGCUUUCAAAGAUGGCGGGUCUCUCAAUCUAAUCCUCGAUGAUGGUGGAGAUCUUACUGCUCUUGUCCACAACAAGUACCCAGAGAUGCUGAAGGGAUGCUACGGUGUCUCUGAGGAGACCACUACCGGUGUCCACCACUUGUACAAGAUGUUGAAGAACAAGGGCCUUCUCGUACCUGCUGUCAAUGUUAACGAUUCUGUCACCAAGUCGAAAUUUGACAACUUGUAUGGUUGCCGCGAAUCUUUGAUCGAUGGUAUUAAGCGAGCCACCGAUGUCAUGAUUGCUGGAAAGGUCGCUGUCGUUGCCGGUUUCGGUGAUGUCGGAAAAGGAUGUGCCAUGGCUCUCCACGGAAUGGGUGCUCGUGUCAUCGUCACUGAGGUUGAUCCUAUCAACGCCCUCCAAGCUGCUGUUUCGGGUUUCCAAGUCACAACCAUGGAGAAGGCCGCGAGCCAGGGUCAAAUCUUCGUCACCACAACCGGAUGCAGAGAUAUUUUGGUCGGAGAGCACUUCGAGAAAAUGCCUAAUGAUGCUAUUGUCUGCAACAUUGGUCACUUCGAUAUUGAGAUUGACGUUGCCUGGUUGAAGAAGAAUGCAUCCAGCGUCCAGAACAUCAAGCCUCAAGUCGACCGCUUCUUGAUGCCAAGUGGACGUCACAUCAUCCUUCUCGCCGAGGGUCGUCUCGUCAACUUGGGUUGUGCUACUGGUCACUCUUCUUUCGUCAUGUCCUGCUCCUUCACCAACCAAGUUCUUGCACAAAUCAUGCUGUACAAGUGUGAGGAUGAGGCCUUCGGAAAGAAGUAUGUUGAGUUCGGUAAGACUCAGAAGCUCGAGGUCGGUGUCUACGUUCUGCCAAAGAUCUUGGACGAGACCGUUGCCAAGCUCCACUUGGCUCACGUUAAUGCUGAGUUGACUGAGUUGACUCCUGUUCAAGCUGAGUACCUCGGCCUUGAGACCGCAGGACCAUACAAGAGCGACAUGUACAGAUACUAG